AGCCAGAAACCCAUUCAUUCACUAUACUGCAAGCAUUAUGUUUGCUUCAAUAACCGAGCUCGAAGCAUAACUCAUACGGUGUCGUGCUUGAGUGGUAUCGCCAGCGCGCUCCGUUACUUUGCUUGUUUUCUUCGUCGUGUCCUCGCUAUAUCUUGGAUUGAUUAUACGGAAAUUACGUGUAGUAUAUUAUUUCAACGAGGCCCUGUGCAAGGAGAGAGAGCUCUUUCGUGAAGCCAAAGAUUGGCUGGAAUUGUUUUCCAGGCGCAGCUGAUCAUGGGGUUUGAUAUAGAUCGGUUUUCUGGCCCGGUGGACGAGGAUUUUAAAUGCAGCAUCUGUCUUGGUGUAUUGGAGAGCCCCCUCGCUACACCGUGCGGCCACGUCUUCUGCUCCAACUGCGUACUGCCGUGGGUCGUUCAGAACGGUAGCUGCCCUCUCAAGUGCGAAAAGUUUUCCACCAAGGAACUCAACAGCGUCCUCCCAUUGCGGAACCUCAUCCUCAAGCUCGAGAUCCGAUGUGAUAACUUCCGCCGAGGCUGCCCCGAAGAAGUCAAGAUUCAGAUGCUGGCCCAACACAUGGAGGAUUGCGACUUUGCCCCCGUCAAGUGCUCCAAUAAAGGAUGCCAGGAGGUGAUUAACAUCAAGGAUCAAGCCCAACAUGAAACCCAGACCUGUGAGUUUAGACCAGUCGGCCGUUGUGAGCAGGGAUGCGGUUUGGUGCUUCAGUACAACACCCGAUCGGAGCACGACUGCCUCAAAGCCUUGCAGAACCACUCGGCUGCCAUGCAGACCAAGAUGAAAAACCAGGAACAUAAUUUGAAGAAGAAUUCUCUCAGAUAUGGAAAGAGAGAGAAGGCUCUUUUGGCUCAGAUUGCCUGCCUCCAGAAUGAAAUUCAGAUGCAGGCAUUGCGAUAUCAAAAGAAGCUGAAUGAAAGUAAAGCCGAGAUGGAAUAUAUGUCAGCUGUUGCCUCAUUUGAAAAGCCGUGGGAAAAUACAACCAUACUCUCCCUGCGACUUGGUCGUCAAGAUGGAAGCUUAGGAUUCAACAUCAUUGGUGGCAGUGGGAUCAGUCAGGGUGAUGGUGGUAUCUCGGAAGGAAUAAUCGUAUCCAGAGUGAACGAGAAAGGCCCGGCAGACAGAUCACAGCUUCAGGUACAUGACAGGAUCAUCGAGGUAAGUCUAUUUAUAAAUUAACAAAAAUAAGUAUCUUUCUGGACUCACGUCAAGCGGGUUUGCAGCUGCAGCGCUAGCUCUACCCCUAAAUUUUUUAGAAGAAGAAAUGCAAGUUGGUUGGGACACACUAAGAAUAGCAUACCUGUUCU